AUGGUCAGGAAAAGGCCUAAGGGUGUUUCUGGCAACUUGGGCAGUGGGAAAACCUGCUUACGAUGCCACCAGGAGGGUCACUGGUCCAAGAAGUGCCCCUCCAGGGCACCCCCUCAGAGAAAGCCCAGCAACUUGGGCAAGGGAGGCCACAGGGAGGCCCACUGGUCCAAGGAGUGCCCCUCCAGCGCUCCCCCUUGGAGGAAGCCCCCAAGACGGACACCUCCAGGACCUUGCCCAAGAUACCUCCCCAUGUUCCCCCAGAAGUGUGGGAGACAAUCUGGGAUCAGGGAACUCCUGGGCAAGCUACUCUUGCCAUCUCAGCUGUUGUUCACUUCCAAGACCCUAAAGUAUUUUCCGAUCACCCUGACAGCAGCGACAGGCAGAAUUUUCCUGUGUCUUGUUGACAUGGACCAGAGAAAACUGAGCUUUAUUAUCAUGAGGAAUGCCAUCUCCUUGUUGGAAUAUCAACAGUUGGAGGGAAUUGUUGCUGUCCUUUUGAGCAAACCCAUGCUAUUUGUCAGUUUUCCUUUUGAGGUACCUGAGGGCAAGCCAGACCAGGCUGCAAGAAAGAUAAUGUCUUUUCAGCUUGAGGACAAAAACAGUUGGGCUCUUCUGGGACCUCCUCAGCCACAUUAUGCUGGAGCACUUAUUUUGGCUAAAUCUGUGGAUCAACCACGAAAAGAAAUCCCAAGUGACCAUCUGCCUGAACCCAGCUCUCAAACUAAGAAGCAAAGGAUAUCUCGAAAGUCUCUCUUUUCCAAGAUAUUAUGGAAGCUCAGGCUCCGCAACCAGGAGCCCCUGAAGAAUGUGUUUUACCUUUUGGCAGAAAGGGCUCGAGAUUCCAACACCAAAAGACGUCACAUGGCAAUUAAAGGCUUAGGAAAUAUGGCUUAUGAAGCACCUGACAAGGUGAAAAAGUAUAAGAAGAUUUUGCUAGACUCACUGGUCCAUGGCCUGUAUGAUCCUGUGAGUUCUGAGAUCAUAUAUGAGAGUGUGAAGGCACUGAUCAUUAUCUUGGGCAAGAUCAAGGGAAAAGGUUUGGGCUCCUUCUUCGUAGAUAUCACCCUUCAGACCAGGACUUUAUUAGAUGAUGAAAAUGACAGCCUGAGGUAUUCAGCAUUUAUCUUGUUUGGGCAAUUGGCUGCCUGUGCUGGGUGGAAAUGGAAGAAAUUUUUUACCAGCCAGGCUAAAAGGACGAGGGACUCCCUCCUGGUCCACUUAAGGGAUGGAAAUCCUCACGUUGCCAUGGCCUGCAGAACAGCUUUUCACGCUUGCUCGCCUUUCCUGAGAUUGAAGAAGGAGCCCUUGGAAUAUACUAUCCAAGCCCAGGAAGAGCAAAGGAACCCCAAACUCUAUUGGCAGCUGAGCUACUACCAUCCAGAGCUCCUGCAGUUCUUCUAUGCAAACAAAAUCCUAUAAACUCAUAUGGCAUCGCAG